AUGGUUCUUCACUUACGGACGAUCCUGAACUGGCUAGGCUUCCUGUUCAACACAUCUGUUUCACACAUCCGGCCCAUCGUACGCCAAUGCAUCUUCCUCAUUCACAAACUAGGCAUCCGGGCUGCGCAGUCUGGCUUGCAAACGAUCUUUAGCCGUCUCCUUGCGUAUUGCCAGAGGAUUUUGCCAAAGAAGGGCAAUGCAGAACCAGGGACAACAUAUUUUAUAGCUGCGAGCGCCGUUCAUCCAGUCCCGCCAGUGGACCCUCUGAGUCAGAGUCUACCUAUCCAGGCAGACCAGCUUCAGGUUCAGGUCAACCAGCAUCCUGCUGAAAGUUCUUGCAAUUCCAUCAAUUCCCGGUCACUACUCAUGUUACCAAUGGAAUGGGAUCCCAACAAGUUCAAACCAUUGGUUCCGAAGCUUUGCCAGAGAUACAAAGGAAGGGUGCUUGUAAGGAGUAAAACCAAUACACAACCUAUCCCAGCCAGAAAGAAUCAUUUUACAGACCCGCCUGUCGACGGUUGGCAAAGUGUCGUACAUCCGGAGGGAGCACUGUAUUUCUAUGACGCCACUCGGCACGUUUUCACGGACGCAAAUCUGACAAGAAGAAAGCCACUCAAGGCCAUCAAUCAUCUAGCUGACCAGCUACUCUUGAAAGCCAGUGAUAUGAUCGAUGACUCGACGCACCUCGUUCUAGAGUUGCAAGACACGAAAGAAGAUGCAUGUAAUUAUUACUUUGUGCAGCACAACAAACGGCUCUUGUUCUGGCUGCAAGAUUUCGAUGAGCCUAUAUGUAUCUACGAAGAUGUCAAGGGUGUCAAAUCGGACACUCACAUCAAAAUCGCCCUCGAGGCACAGUAUUGGUUCGUUGAUCGCAUUGUGAUGCACUGUGAGCUAUACCCGAGCAAUGCUAUCAUCAAACGUCAGAUUGCCACAGAACUGAAGCACGUUCUUCUUCAUGCACACUCAGACUUCCUAACAUCCAAUACCUCUGUCGUUCCCUAUGACCUCUCCACGCUACAAAGCAUGCUGGACCUUUCAAACCAACUAGUGGAAUACGUAGGGACUCCGACACCAUCUAGUGAUCCAUGUGUGGAGUUGCCUGCUCAUCUGAUGUGCGUGCUAGAAGCUCGCCUCAUGCGGUUGUUCACUCGUUCAAAAUUCCUGAACUUCUAUGGGCAAGUCAGCGCGCGUCUCAACGCUAACCAGUCAGUCUACGACGAUGAACCAAGCAGGAAAAAAGGUACGCUCCGACUAAGGCUUGCAAACGCCAUCCUCUGGGGCGCACCAGCGGCACAGUACAAAUUUCUGCAAGACACAUGGACAGAUAAUAUUUUGAACUAUCCCAAGUGGUACAAACACAUUAACAGACUCAAUAGCGACUGGGGCAACGUUACCAUCUUCUCCACUGUGAUGUUGGCGGUUGACGUUAGUUUUCUGGCCGUUCCUGGGGUCAUCAGCGCAGCAGCCGUGGUCAUCUGUUUGUCGGCGAUGUGCUCCGUCAGUUCCUUGGUGGUAUCUAUGCUUCUCGCUGUUGAGUGUCGCGGAUGGGGCACGGACUCAGCUGAAGGCGCCGCAUCGUUCAUGGCUCGAAUGGUUCAUACACAAUCAGAUGUUGAAGCGCUAGCGAUUAUGUACAGCCUUCCGUAUGCAUACCUUAUAUGGGGAAUGUUCUGCUUCGUUACCGCUCUGGGCAUUUCUGUUUUCCACUCAACAACCCCAGCAGUGCUGGCCGUUGUAAUCAUUUGCUGGGUUGCCCUGACUAUCUUAACGCUAUGGCCCGCGUGGUGGGGUAAAUUCAGCAUAACACCAUGGGUUCCAUCCAAGAAGGGAGGAGGACAAGUGAAGGAGACUGUCUGA